AAUAUUUGCCAACUCAAAGCAAGUAUUCUCAUUUCAGAAAACAAGAAAUGUCCUCCAUCCAUCUCUAAUUAUUCUGCUUUUCUUUCUCUCUGUGUGAAUGAUGUCAAGCCAAACAGGAAAUUAUGGGUAUGAUAUAGUGGCCGAACAGGAAACCUUUACGACACAACUACCUUCAAUUGACUUUAUCAGUGGAAAUGCGUUUUCUAUGGUGGAUUGGCAAAACGAUUUGGCUAUACAAGAGAACUUUCUUGAUGCUUUUCCGUUAAUGGAGAGCUUCGGUCCUGAUCCUUUAUAUGCUGCGUUGGAUAUUGAGCAAAGUUCCAUUCAAGAAGAUAUCAAUGAUCUUGGUGUACUAUGGAAUGAGUUGGGUUCUAUAUUUGAGCCGCAGAAGGAGGUUCUUCUUUUGUGUGAUAGUACUAAAGAUUCACUGAGCAUCAGAGAAUCAAGGGAAGAAAAGAAGCCAAAAAAAUGCAGAGAACAAAAGGUCAAUAACAGUAUUUCCAAAGCUUUAUCAAGGCAAACAAUAUCCAGGUAUUUCUACAUGCCCAUAACCCAAGCGGCCAAGGAACUCAACGUGGGUUUGACCCUUCUGAAAAAAAGAUGCAGAGAGUUGGGGAUACGAAGGUGGCCGCACAGAAAGUUGAUGAGCCUGCAAACGCUCAUAAAAAAUGUGCAGGAAAUGAAGAAGGUGGAGGGGGAAGAAAGUGAAGAGAAGCUAAAAGAAGCCAUUGAAAUCCUGGAGAGGGAAAGGAAGAUGGUAGAGGAGACUCCAGACAUGCAGCUUGAGCGCAGAACAAAAAGGCUGAGACAAGCCUGUUUUAAGACAAACUACAAGAAAAGAAAGCUCAUGGGGAUGAUGGAUAGAGCAUCAUCUUCUCCUAGUGCCAACAUUGCUUAUUAUGGGCAGAUAGAUGAAGAUGAGAAUGAGGAGAUAAAAUCCCUCUUGGCAGAUCCAAUUUCUCACCCUGAUAUGAUUUUCGGAAGGAUCUGAUGGCAAUAUCAAUCUAAUUAAGCCGUUUAAGUCCCAUUAUACCUGCUUUUUUUCGACUUUUGUUUUACUUAAUAUUUGCAUUAUAUGAUAUUUUCUU